CACACAGCAGUGGUGUGUUGGGCUCAGUGUCUCAGAUGAAUGUACUGUCAGGAGCACUUGCUGGUCACAUACAUGUUAGGCAGGCUGCUGUCCUGCGGGAUGGGUGACGCCCCAGAGCAGGAUCACUAUGUGGAGCAGUUAAAAGAAGUGUUUAACAGUUUCGACACCAGCGGCUGUGGGUCUCUGAGCUCAGAGGAGCUGGCUGAGCUCUGCCGAUCACUGCACCUAGAUGACACCACGCCAGCUCUGAUCAGCGCUCUGCAGCAGAACCAGGACUUGGACCAGGACUGCCGCACCGCCAGGGUUGACUUUGACCAGUUCAAAAAUGCACUAAUUCUCGUGUUGUCGUCAAAAAUUGAGACACCUCAACCUGAAUUGGAGACUCUACCUAAGCCAGAACAUUUCACAGAGUCUCCUGAGAUCCAACCAAAGUUUGUGAAGGGUAGUAAACGUUACGGCCGCCGCUCCACACCAGAGUUCUUUGAGCCUAUCUUUGACUCAACUGAAGCCACCAUUUCCAACGCAACGCACCAACGGGAUCUGGAAGACAGUGAUGACUCAGCUGUUCCUCGGAAGCGUGAGCGUUGGAACGCUCGUGAAACAAGCUCAGAGGAGUAUGAAGCAGACGGUCAGAUGCAUCUGUGGAAUCCUGAUGAACCAAGUACACCUCGUGGAUCCAUCCUUUCUUUAUCGAGCCGUUUGGAGGAGAGGUUGCAUGAGGCGUGUGAUAACCUGGCACUGCCGUGGGAGGGAUGUGCCCGUCACACCGACCUCCUCACUGUCUGUGAACAUCUGGGUUUAGAGAUAAAUGGUGAGGUGCUGCAGAGCCUAAGAACUGAUGGAAUGAUGAGUGUUCAGGAGUUUGUGUCCAGGAUUGUAAACAACACCCCCCCCACCCCAUCCGCCUCAACUCCAUACAGACAACUGAAGCGACUCCACUCCACACAGCCAUUUGACGAGGGGGGCCGUAGGAUCGCCACCCCCUCCGCCCUGACCAGCACCAUUGGUAUGCGUUUGUUCUCCACCCUUGAUGAUGGCACUGGUUACACUGCAGUUGAAUGUGUCCUGGAUGCCUGGAUGGAAGAGGGAAUAGAGAACAGUGCUGACAUCCUGCAGAUGUUGAAUUUCAGCCUGGAUGGGAAGCUGAGUCUUGGUGACCUCACAAUGGCUCUUGAAAAUGAGCUGCUAGUUACGAAGAAUGGGAUUCACCAAGCAGCAGUGGCCAGCUUCAAGGCCGAGAUCAGAUAUCUGCUAGAGUGUGUAGACAAAGAGCUCAGGGAAAAAGAAAAAAUCCAGUCUGACCUGGAAAAAGCAGAGAAACUGAAAAGUCAGUUUGCUACUGAAGUGGAUGAGCAUCACUCUGCAAUUGAACACAUGUAUAACCUUAACCUCAGGAAGCUUGAGCAGGACCACAAAGAGAAGCUGGCACUGGUCCGAUCUGAGCUGAUGAAGGAGAUGGACCACAUCCAGCAGCAGGCUAGCCUGCAGCGAGAGGAACUGGAGGCAGAAGUCAAAAGGAUCAGAGACGAUGAGUCCUUUCUCAGAGAUCACCUCUCCAUCUCUGUUAAGGAAAACAGACGUCUUGAGAUGGAGGUAUUGGACAGCACUGAAAAACUAGUGGAGGCUCAAAGCCAAAUUACAAAACUACAGACAAACCUGGACAACAUUAUGAAGGAAAAGUUUGGAGAUCUGGACCCUGGCAGUGCAGAUUUGUUCUUGCAGGAGGAACGCAUUAAACAACUACGCAGCAGCUAUGAAGCUCAGUGCAGGGAUCUGCAGGAUCGUAUUGAUGAGCUGCAGUCAGAGCUGCAGGAGUUUCAUAGUCUUGGUCGCGUUCACCAGCCCAGCCACAAACCCCUCUCUGAAGAACUGGAGAGUAAAAGCCCUGGCAUGGAGUCAGACCCAGGUAUUGGCUCAGAGGAGGUUCAGCCAUUCAGCCUGAGCCUCGAGGCAGAGAUGAUGCUGGAGCAGCUGAAGCAGCAACACCUUCAGGAAAUGGAGGAUCUGAGAAACCAGCUGGAAAGCAAGAUACGUGAAUUUGAUAAGAUGGUAGAAAAGCGCCAUGAGACAUCCUAUGAGCACCAGAAGGCCACCUUAGCCCUUCAGUACCAGCAGGAGGUCCAGGCCUUGAGGGAAGAGAAGACCAGCAUUCAGAGCCAUGCAGAGGAUCUCCAGAGACGACUGGAGCAGGCAAUGCUGGAGCGAUCCCAUCUGGAGAAAAAGCAGGCCAAGGAGAGGGAAGAACUGGAGAAUCUGCAGGAGGAAGAAGUUCAGACUCUGAGGCAGCAGCUGCUGGAGGCUCACGCCAAAACCGCAGACCUGGACGAACACCUGAAGACUCUGGAAGCUCAGCAAGAAGAGGCAAAUCAAAACUAUGCCACUGAGAUGGAGGAACUGAAAAAACAGCACAGCACAGAGAUGAAGAAACUAGAGGAGAAGCAUAAGGAGGAGUUGGAGGCCAGAAUUGAAGAAGAAAGAAAGAAUUUACAGGAUGACAAAAAUGAGUGGGAAAAGAGGUUGUUGCAUGAUACUGAAAGAGAAAAGGAAGUGUUGCAACAGAAGUAUGAGGACCAAUUGAGAGCCAGGAUUGAUGAGGUGAAGCUGAAGUUUGAGGAGGAGCGAGCAGAGACUGUGAAGAGUUUGACGGAGCAGUGGCAGAAAGAGAGAGCUGAGCUGGACGAGCGGAACAGCGAGGCUCUGCAGGCGCUGCUGGAGGAAGAGAUGCUGAGACUGGUCCAAGAACACGAGCACAAGGAGAGCAAGAUGAAAAGCCAGUGGGCGAAUGAACGAGCCCGACUCCAGGAGCAACAGGAGGAGGCGCUGCUCGAAAGAAUCCUCCAGCAGGAGGCGCAGUUGGAACAGAGGGAGCAGAAACUGAAGGAGGAAUGGGAGAGAGAGAAGCUGCAGCUGGAGGAAGACUAUGAAGGGAUGCUCCAGGAGAGGAUGAAGGAUGAAAGGGAGAAGCUGGAGUUGGAGAAAGAAGAGGCAGAGAAAAAACUGGAACACUUAAUGGCAGAGGAUAGGGCUCGUCUAGAGAAGAGCCAUGGAGAGGCCAUUCAGGAGCUGACCGCCAAACACCAAAAGGAGAGGGACACGCUCAGCAGCAUGUUGGACAAACUGCGAGACGACAUUGCUCAGGAGAGGAGGGAAAUCGAGAUCAGCUUCACCCAAAGAAUCAGAGAGGUGGAAGAACGUUUCUCAGAUAAUCAGGAAUCUGCUGCAGAAGGUUUUCAAGCAGAUGUGGUGAAACUGGAACAGCAUUACCAAAAUGAACUCAAGACUCUGUCUGAAAGGCACAUGGAGCAGAAGUGUCACUGGGAGACUCAAAUACAGAUCACUUUGGAGAGCGCUGAGAACCAGAAAAGAUCUGCAGAGGAAACUAUGAAGCAAGAAGAAGAGCGACUAAAUCAGAAGUGGACACAGGAAGUGCAGGAGAUAGAAAAUGUUCACAAAGAAAUAAUGGAAGAGUUGAUAAUGAAGAAUGAGCAGUUGCAAAAUGAGCUUGACAAGUUUGUUUGUCUUGCCCAAACUAGAGAAAUUGAGCUGAGUAAGCAGCUGAACGAGCUCCAUAACCGGCUCCAGGAUAGUCUGGAAACCAAAGAUGAGCUCCUGGCUCAGUCAGAGCGGCGAGUGCUGGAGGCCGAGGCUCUACUGAACCAAGCAGUAGAAGAUUUUCAACAGGAGAGGAUGGAGCUUCUCAACAGCCACUCUGAACUGGAGGCAAAACACAAAGAGAUUCUUUCCAUGUCUGAGAGGCAGACUGAUGACAGGAUCAAACUUAUGUCAGAACGUGACGAUUUAAAGAUGAAGAUUGAAGAGCUGGAAAUGUUCAUGAAACAGGCUGCAGCAGACUUUGAUGCUGAGAGGAAGGAGCUAGAAGGAAAUAUAUCCAUUCUAGAAGGAAAGCUGAAAGAUGACAGAGAAGAGCUUCUAGAAGAGCAUGAUUUACUUGGAGGCAAAGUGAAAGAGCUAGAGAUGGAAGCUGGGCAGGUUUUUACCAUCAUAGAAAAGGUUGAAAAGAAUGAAACUGAAGAGGAAUCAAAUGGAAUAAUCACUCCUAUGGAGAACUCUAGUGAAGGACAUGGAAUAUGGUCAGCAACUCUGGAAACUCCUGAAUAUGAAGUGAAUGAACAAAAUGUCAGUGCAAAGGCAAUAACUGAGACACUUAAUAUAGUCGAUGGUAGUUGUGAAGGAAUCACAAAGGUUGAUUAUGAAAAUAACCCAGAUAUCUAUGUUGAUCAUGAAAGCAGUGAGCCACAAGUAACAGUGGAUGAUGAACGAUGUGAAUCUGAGGAUGUGGGAUGUGAGAACGAUGUUGGAAAUACUUCAGGUGAUUAUAAGCUUGAAGGUUUAAUCCCUGAAGAAAACCCUGUUGCCAUGUUUUCCUCAGACGUAGGUGUUUAUCACAGUGAAGACCACCACGACUGCAACCAAGAUGUACCAGUUCUCAAUAAGUCUCACGAUGGUGUUUUCAAAAUGUCAAAAUACAAAGAGAGGGCUGUUCCUUCACGUGGAAAGCACAAAGUCAACACGGUUUCCCCUUUGCUUGAGGCAUUUGAAGGUGUCGAUGCGGCAAAGGAUGGUGAGAAUGAAAUGUCUGCUGAAUCAUGUGAAGCGGAAAACCAACCUCAAGAUGUCCCAGCUUCAGAUGCUGGGAGUUGUUCUCAUGAAGAUGAGCAGAAUCAUGAGACUGUGGUUGAACACUUAACGCUGGAGGAAAUGGGUGAACUGUUGAUGGAAGAUGCUGAAAGGAACUGCUCAAAUGUUUGUCACAUCCCAGGAAUCACAGUUGAACUCAUUUGUGACUCAGAGUGUGAGCCUUUAUUGGAAACUAAAGACACCAAGACAAUCACACAUGAGUAUUUGAAAGUUCCAAUUGAAGAAGGUGAUUGUGAGGUCCAGGACCACACUCUGAUGAAAGUAGAGACUUUGUAUAAGAAUGCCAGUGAGGAAAAUACUCUUCUCCAUGAGAAAAUUUCUCUGCUUCAGCAGAAGACGGAAAUUCUAGAGCUCCUUCUGAUUCACAACAGUGAGAAGAUUAAAACCAGCCGUCAUGUAUUAGAAGAAAACUACAGCCUGAAGGUGAGGAUGCUGCUUUUGAUGGAGCAUGUCAAAGAGCUGGAGGUGAAGACUUUAAGAAUGACACAACUUCAGAUUCAGUAUGAGGAUUGUACGUGUGAAAAUGCCAAACUGAAAGACCAAAACAAUGAGCUCGAAAGACGAGUCUGGAGCCUGGAAAGCAGGAUGAAUAUUUACCGUGACUGCCCGGGUCAGCGAAUGGCACUCAUUGAUGACAUCGGCAGGAUGCGAGAAGAGAAUGUGAAGUUGUCUGAACUUCUGGAUGACCUGGACAGGACGCAGGAUGGAAUUCUGUAUGUGGACCACACAUCCUGCCCCUGGAGUUCUUCAGAGAACGUGUUUCUGGAUCUGAACAUCCAGGUUCAAGCAGGUAAGGACUUGGAGGACCACUGUGUGGAGCUGAAGAAGCACAACAGCAGACUCCGCAGAGCCAUCAUGGAGCUCCAGGACAGGUCGCAGACGCUAAAUGAAACCACACAGAACCAUAGAUCUGAAGCCAGCCAUCUGUCUGUUGAAAACAGUCUACUCAGGCAGAAGAUCGCUGCUUUAAAGGAAGAGGAGUUGAAAGAAGCUCAAGAGGAGCUCAGGCAAACAUUGGAGCAAUUACAAAAGGAGAAGACUGCCUCUGAAAAGGCAGCAGAUGAUUUCAACAAACAGAUUUCUGAGCUCCGUUCACAGAGCCAACAUGUAGAGGACAAGAAUGGGAUUCUGUCCCAAAAAAAUGCUCAAUCCCUGGCCAAUCUGGAAGAGCUUCAGCAGCAGCUGGCAGAACUGAUACAGGAUGAUGACAAGAGGGAGGCGUUCCCUGCUGAAGAAAAACUAAAGCUGGCAGCAUGUGUGUCUGCUCUGGAGGCAGAACUGACCAAAGCUUUGGAGGACACUGCACAACUGGAGGAGAGGAAUAAACGGCUGUCACAGGAGGUGUGUGACCUCCAACAGAAGGUAGAUGUAAUGGACUCCAUGGAGAGUGAGCUCAGUAAUUUGGUGGAAGAGAGGAAACAUUUGGAUGAAGAGACUCGGGUCCUUUGCAGCCAGUUGGCAAAAGCUCAGGAGGAGGUCAAGACGGGAGAUGAAACUCUUCAAGCUGUGAACCAUCAAACUACUCGUCUCAAGUACGACCUUCGAGUUGUGCAGCAGGAGAGGGAGUCCCUCCAACAGGAAGUCACAUUGUUACACAAAAAGCUGCGGAACGCCAACGAUAAAAAUCAUGUUUUGGAAAUGGCCUUGACCUCGAGUGGCCUCCAGAAUCAGAGCAAGAAGUUGUACAGAGAUGAGAUGUGUCGGCUGAUGGAACAGGAAAAACAGCUACUGAAGCAGGAGAACGACAAGCUUCAGGAGGAGUUGAUCAGCGUAAAAGCAGAUCUAGUGCAGUCUAGAGAAAAAGUUCGACAGCUCGAUGUCACUGUUUUGUGCCUGAAGCAGCACAAACAGAGUCAGUCAGCCUUUGUGAAAGAGUUGCAACAGGAAAUUGACGCUCUCAAACAGGAGCUGGAAACACAGGAGGAGUUGACCAAGGUGCAUGAAGCUGGAGGAGGACAAACGGAGCUGGAGAGUCUGCAGCAGGAAAAUGAGGCCCUUAAGGCCCAAAUGUCUCAACUGUCCACACAGCUCAUAGAGUCAUUCCAGGCUCAGUUGGUUGGACUCCUCCCUCCGUCUCCUCACAGGGCGCCUCGGCGUCAGCACCGUGCUGAAGACCAGGACCACAUGCAGGUGUUGGUGGCCGAGCCAAGGGCAGCUCAUGCAGACAGCUACAGGCGCAUCGGUGGACUCUAACAUCACCAUGUUUCCCUGCUCUUCUACAUUUUAACCCCUUCUUUUUCUGCGAGACUCCAGCUUCUCCUCCCCCUUCUGCUGCUCCCCCUCCUGCUCCUCUCUGCUCUGUCUGGACCUUUAAAACCUGCCAUCACCAUCUUUCUGCAUCCUUAUAGGAGAUUGCGAACCAAGUGUAGAAGCCAAAUCCAAAGGCUUUAAUCUAGUGAAUGUAAUUGUGCUUCUCUGCCACCAGGUGGCAGGAAAGCACAGAAAACUCCUCUUGGUGUUUUUCCCAAUGGGAUUUUGAAUGAAAUACUGACAUUAUCAUCAAAGAUUAAGUUUAUCUGAUGUCAAAUGUAGAUGGUACAUCUGAAAAUACAACCUCUGUGGGUUUUUUUUGUUUUGUUUUGUAAGAAAGGACCUUUUGUGCUCUGUGCAUGUGUCUUGAUUGCAUGGAAUGUGUUUUUAAAAUGGGCUGUAUUUUUCUAGGAAUGUUCUGUGUUGAUGGGUUUGGAUCAGGGUAUUUACUCCGAGACUAAAUCAUGUGUGACAGUUUACCUUACGAUCAACGGAGAGUGUGAAGUUGAGAGAGGAUAGUGCCUGAAAAGCUUCAGAGCUUUUUUCAACAAUCAAAUGACACCAGGCUUUGGUGUUUUUACCGCCUGUCAGGGUUUCUAGACAUUUACCACUUUACACUUUUGUCUUGUGUAUUUCUUAUCUGACACAUUAGAUGAAUGUUUCUUAAAUCUACAUAUCAACGUUGUGUGUGUUGCUGCUGCACAACUAAAUGAAUCUCAUCUAUUUUCAUCAUGUAUUACUUGAACUACUUAUGUGUUACUUAUUUCUUAAACCCAAAUGUCACAGGACUGUUGUCUUUUAAUGUUUUAUCCAGUUUAUAUUAUUCUAAACGUCACAUCAAGCGCUGAAGAUAAGAUAAUUGUUUGUGUCAUUAGUUCUCUGUGACAUUCUAUUAUUAAUAUUAUUAUUAUUAUUAUAUCUGUGUUUUGGUCUCAUUCAUCUAGAUCAAUUUUUGCACCAUAUAUAGCAUCAAAUGUAUUUUGUUUUUAAUUUAUUUCAAUAGUCAUGUUAGGUUGUUUUAUUUAUGCAUUCAAUUAUUUUUGUAGCAAGAUAAAUGUCACAUUUUUAUACUUAUUUAUAUUUUAUUUAUUUAUAGUACUCCAUCCUCUGUAGAAUGUUGAUAGAAAUAAUUUUAUGCUGAAAUCAAGAUAAAAUAAAGCAUUGAGCUCAUAAGAAUGUGGUC